AUAUUUAAUCAGAUUUUAAUAAAAUCACUAAUCAAAAUGUAAAGUGAAUAUAAAAUUCAACAAAAUAUCAACGAAAUAUUUCAUCAAAAUCUAUUAAAAUUUUUCCACCAAGCAAAAAUCUGUAACACCGUGGAAAUGUUUCAGGUGUGUUGGAUGUACAACAAUACGAAUCGCAGCAUUCCAUUUUCCAUAAACGUAAGAACAAUGCGCGAAAUAAAUCAGAAAUAUUGCUAUAAGGUUUUUUCCUGCGCAACUCCACACACAAUUGUGAAUCCACAAUCUUUUGUUCCAAUUCUUUUAAAAUUUCAGCCAAGGCAAUUCGGUAUAUUUAAAGGAAAGUUGCGUUUGACUCUAGGUGACAAAGAGGAAGAACUGAUACUCGAAGGUGAAUCAUCUUUGCCAUAUAAACCUAUUACAAUUGAGGAAUAUGUACCAUGCGAACGUAACUUCCAGGAUGAUGAAGAUAUCCCUAUAUACUUUAAUACUGAUUGCAUAAAUGUUUCACAUAUGGCUACGCACAGUCAUGCAGUUAAAAUGAUUAUGAUGCACAAUAAUUUGAUGCAAGAUGUACUCGCUUUUGAAUGGAAAAGACACGAAAUAUCUGAAGUAAUUCACGUGGAAAUUUAUCCGCAUAAAGGUUUGAUAAAACCAAUGUCCGUUAAAACCUUUCGUGUAACUAUAUGUUCUAAAGGAUACCCUUGCAUGAUUGAUAUCGAUAUAACGUGCGAGUUUAUUAAUACUAGCCAAAGGCGGAUCUAUCAACGAAGUGUAUAUAUUCACGAAGGCUUGUCUCAGGAACUGAAAGGGCAGUUUAUUAUCACGGAAAAAGGCAUCAACAUUCCAGAACAACAUGUAAAAGUGUUGAAAAAACCUCAGCCGUUUUAUAAAGCUGUAACAAUUCGAUGUUUUAUACAUAACACGGAAGAUACAUGUCUGAAAAUUAAUCUAAUAAAAGAAUUAACAAGCGCACCGCCAAAAGAAAUAUGUAUCGUAGAAAAUAAGAGAAUGACGACAUUCGAGAAAGAAGAUAUGAAUCGGUCAUCGUUUAUCAUACAAGGUCUAUUAUGGGAAAUAGUCAAUAGUGAAUUAUUCAAAGACAUAAUGCAAGAUAUUUUACGGGAAAAAUCCAAUUUAUUUUACUCGCAAUUUAAGAUGAGUUUGUACGAAAGAAACAGGUUGAUACGGAGAUCGUAUAUUUCGUCGCCACGAGCGUUAAUUAAUUGUAUACUUGAGGAGAUGUUAUUUAUCAUAAUGCAUGAAGAAUUCGCUUUAAAAACUGCACAUUUAGUUCAACAUACGGAUGUCAGACAUACGAAUUAUUUAAACAUGAUACCUAGCGUCAGCAGAAAAAAGACAAUCAGACGAGGUAAUAUAUUAAAUAUAUUACAAAAUACAUUUUAUUCUAAAAAAAUAGUUAAUUUUAUUUAUGCUACCUGUUUUAGAAACAAGAUUGUUACAUCAAGAUAAAUAUCGCUCUAUGAUACCAGAAUUCGUAC